CUCUCUACUCUAGCACGACUUUUUGGCUCGCGUGGUUGCUGGCGCGGCGCUGACUCCUCACGCUUGUUUGCGAUUGCUUUCAGUCCUGCCAACAGCCUCAGCACGCCAAGCCAGCUAUGGCGAGUCCUGCGCCGAUGGCAGCCGAGCACCAGCAGGCCUCCUUGCCAGACGAUGUCCUCGCGCACGUCCUCGAGUACCUGUGCACGCUCAACGACAUCGCCGCGCGGCGCUGGUGCCUGAACAAGGCCUGGUUGAAAGCUCACGCUGCGCCCGUGCACUGGCGGACGCUGACGCUCGCGAUAAACUUGCCACUCGGUGACGACGAUCAUUGCCUUGUCUCUGCGUGGGAGCGCGCCCCGCAGCAGCUGCGGCUGGCGGUCGAGCGGCACACGCGCCACGUGGAAUUUACAGAAUGUGCGUCCCGGGACAAACCACCGUACUCGCUCGGGCGCGGCCUGGCAGGACAGCGCUUCUCCCGUCUGCAGAAGGUCACCAUUGAUAUAUUGUUCGCCACCAAAUGUUUGCAACACUACGAUGACGAGGCAGCCGCGCUCAGCCCCUUGUUUGGUGCCGGAUGUCUCGUCGCGCCCUUCCUUGAAUGGAACGGGUGGCAAGGGACCGAGGAGUCUUUUCUGUACGGUCAGCAGCCCCGCGCACUCUACAAGAAGUUCCCGAAUCUCCGUCGCCUCGAGUUAGCCGGGAUCGGCGCGGACCUCUUCCUGCGGCCAGACCAAUCCGGGCAAUACUCCUCGUAUGCUCUCCUCGCGCCCGAAGGUGUACCAGCGGACAUGGUUCAAACUAGGACGCUCAUGGACCGCGAGCAAGCCGCGCAACUUGUUGAGCUUAGAACGCUAGGGUUGGCAGAUAUCGUUCAUGCAUCAACCCCGGCCGGCUUAUUUCCUCACAUGACCCUUCUAGAGCUCUGGGAGUCCUUUUUGCCAUUGUACCAGCUUCAAACUGCUUUUACUCGAGUUCAUGCGAUCUGUCCCGUUCUCGAAAUAUUGAUAUUACAGCUGGACUCCGAGUACGACACGUGGGCCGACGAAAGUAAUUACUCGGUGUUCGCCCAUGCGCCUCGCUCGCUCAAGGCGCUCGUCUUGGUUUUGCAGAGUACAAAGAUACCGAACUUGACACGAUCGCAGUACGUGGCGCUUAUUCAGCGCCAUGUGCCGGCGGGCGUCCAAGUGCACAUCAAGAUCGAUGAAAAGUCAGUGUCUUGGUCGAUGGGGGGCCGUCAUGGGUGGACGGCCCUCGAGCCGUGGGAGGACGACGGCGUCUUGCCCAAGGGGUUUUGGGAGCCUGCCCAGUUCCCUGAGGUCGGCGAGUUCUACGACGACGCGGUGCUCGCGCGCGCGUCGUUCUCGGAGUGGUAG